CACGCGGGCAAAUGCCCGCUGCCUUCCAUCUGUUCUGUCAUCGAUAAUUCGACCCUCCGAUUCCGAUCUAACUCCUUGCCCAACCAUCUUCCAUCGCCAUUAUCUCCGUCUUCGCCGCCGCCGCCUCUCCGUGUACCUGACUUCAGCCUCUCGCUAUCGCUUGCUGUCCGCCUUCUCCUUGGCUUUCCCACCCCCACGCUUCUCGGACGCACACUCGGCGCUUGUUUCACCCCGGGCAUUGUGUCGGAGGUUUGGGGUGCAAAGGACGCAAGACACGGCUGAGAAGGGACCCAAGAGGAGGCAGAGAUACCCAGGAUCCCCCGAUAGACGAGAUCGAGGCUCGGAGAGCGCCGCCCAAAUGCAGGCUCCGAACCCUUCCCAGCGCUCGCUGCAGCGACGGUCCCCCGGACCCGAAGGCCCUACCUCGUCCAACGCCUCCGCGCGCUCCAUGUCGCCGGCGAAUAUGCAGCCUCGCUCCUCGACGGCUUCAAGUAGAUCGACUGGCAGCUCAAGACGAAAUCAAUCCAAUGGGUCCAUGCCACUGUCCCAGAUAGAAAAGAGCGUGACGCAUCUGCUUGUCGCUACGAAGCAGCUCCUCGAAACGUUGACACAAUGGUCGCUUGGUCAGGCUACGGAUACGCAGGUAUCAGACGUCUAUGUUCGGCUGGGUUACGAGUUUAACAUGGCCUGCCGUGCUUUCACCGCGAUCAACGUCGACACGUCUGACCUCGGGAACGUGCCUGAGAAUUUGAGACAUAUACUGGAAGCCACCCUUAGCCAAGAGGCCAAUAAGGAAAGCCUGGAGAAAUAUCUUCCUCGGAUACGAGAUAUCAUCAUCCACCUCCUACACGGCCUAAAAAGAAAGCAACAGAAACUCCGCCAGAAACAGACUAAGGAUAAGGAUGGCGGCAGUUCGCCGGAAUCGGCUGGUAUCGCGAAUCGUACCAUGAGUAGCGGCACCAGCGGAAGCAAUGGCACCGGCCUCGUCACCCUUCUAAACGAAGGCCUCGAGAACGGGUACGGUGUCACGCCUCCGAGCGAAAGAAUGUCGCAAGGGCAACAGAGCGAGGCCCCGCCGGGGGGGCAAGCCUCAUCGCCCAAUCGACGUGCUCUGCCGCGGGAUCAGUCUGGCGCCUCGCCCACCGAUCAGUCGAUAUCGAGCACCUCUAUGCAGAAUAUUCCCGUGCUCCCUCCGUAUCCUGGAGACGAGACGACUAUGCCCACGGGUCCGGCGGCUCAUCUCGAUAUCGACGCCUUCCCUCCACCUCCGCCGCCUCCGAAAUCACAGCAGAGCGCCUUUGCUGCUUUGCAGAGGGGAGGCGAUCUUGAGAGAAGGGCAUCGAGAAGAUAUUCCGCCUAUCAAAUAUCUAAGCAUCUCGGGGCCCCGACUAAUGGUGUGCCCAUGCUACCUCCCCAGAACACUCCGAUACCGAACCGCGGACGCAAGGAAGUUAGGGAAUCCAUGCGAGCGGUCCAAGGCCGAGAACCUCUACGGUCUAGCCGCAAUGCACCCGGCCAGCCAAAAAGCGCCUAUGAGUCAUCUUCACCCGUCAGGAUACCUAGCAGGGUGUCCGAGGAGGGCUCGAAGCCCGACUUACCUCCUCCCGACUCGGAAAGCCCUCCAGCACGAUCGCCGGACGAUAGGUACAGGCCAAGUGCCACGAUAUCCGGGCCUUUAGACGAUGCAUUUCCGGCAAGCGCGCCUGGAUCGCCGGAAAAGCCGCGGCCGAAAAUAGACACGCAACUUGUCGAGUCGAGGCCACGACCCCAGACUCCGCCAGAGAAGGAACAAAAGCCGGCUCCUCAGAGGCAGUCACCGCCUCUGGAAAAGGAGCUAACCCUAUUCCUACAAUAUAAGUCGAAGGUGAAGAAGUUCGUUCUUCCUGAGGGCUAUACAGGCUUGACAAUUGGACGCUUGCAGCUAGCUUUCAUCGAGAAGUUUUCAUGGAACACCGCCUUGAACGGAAGCGAUCUACCCGAGAUCUACAUCCAGGACCCCAUCUCCGGCGUCCGGCACGAGCUCGAAGACCUCUCCGAUAUCAGGGACCGCACCGUCCUCGCCCUGAAUGUCGAACCCCUCGACGAAGUCAAGAAACACUUCGACGAGGGUCUGGGAUCCCUGAAGAAGGCGGUAGAGGAAGUGAGGCAAAACGUCACGGAUCAGGGAUCGGCUUUACAAAGGGUGUCCGAUCGCCAACUCGAAACUGCCAAGGAGAUGGCUCGUAUGGCGGCAGCGCCGCCGUCCGUAAUGGACAGCCCGAAGUCCGGCGCAGGCCGCAUAGGCGCUAGGCUCAACCCCAGCCAACUUAGGGAAUUGCACAGUCUGCGCCGCGAUCUCGCCGUCCUACGACAGACAUACUCGAACUUCCAGACCGAGAUCCAGAGCUCUAUGUCUUCACUGCGGAACAAAGCAGCGAACGUCAAGGUUGCAGCGGCCAAGGCUUCAGUAUCUGACGCAGAAGGCAGCUCGGGCCAUGCCUACGUGAGCAAGGGUCGUAAGCAACUUAACUCGGAUUCCGAUCGGCUUGUCAACAAGGUAGACGACCUUCAAGACCUUGUUGAAGACUUGCGCAAGGACGUCGUUAAUCGCGGCGUGAGACCGCUGCCUCGCCAGCUCGAGAGCGUAUCCAAAGACAUCCAGGUCUUAACCAAGGAGCUCAAGAAGGUGCAAGAAUAUAUGAAACGGGAGAAGCCAGUAUGGACAAAGAUCUGGGAGAAGGAGCUGGAAGAGGUCUGCCAAGGCCGAGAUGAACUCAAGGUCAUGGAAGAUCUUAUGAUCGAUCUUCAGGAUGAUAUCGAGAAGGCCUCGGAAACCUUUGCGCUUGUGGAGCAAGCUACUAAGGAGCAAAUGAAGGAGAACGUGCCCGCGGCAAGGCAGUUCUCAAAGGGCUUGCAUAACCUCGGCAAUAGCGCCGACCCGUCCGCCGCCAAAGAAGGUGUGCUAGGCGAGGUAAGGGCGCUGCAGCCAAACCACGAAGAUCGGCUGGAAGCCAUAGAACGCGCAGAGAAGCUGCGCCAAAAGGAAUUGGAAAGCCGGCAGGACAACCCGCUGAUGAAGGAACUAACGGAUUUCGUCGAGGAAGGGAAGCUCAAGAAGAGCGGUGGGUUCGAGGAGGUCGAGAGGGCGAGGAAGGCCAAGGACGACCGCAUACGACGAGAAGUCUGGGAACGAAUGAAUGGAAUCAUACCUGAAGACCCGGUCGGCGAACAAGACGGACACACCGAGGUGGGGGAACCUGUCGGGACACCGGAUCGUGAUGAUGAUAUAUAAUGCUCGUGCAGGAGCAUCCGGACGACGUACUUUUCUAUCAACUCAGAGCCUUCCUAAGCGGUGCUUGGAAUUAUUUGGCCUCUCCAUAGCCUAGGCGUCUUUUUUUUUCACUGCUCGAUUUUUUGUCCAAUCGGCCUCUGGUUUUUUUUUUUUUUUUGAUUCUCGGAACUCUGGAAGAGCGAAGGA